AUGGAGGUCAAGACCGUCGUCGUGCGCGACAAGAGCAAGGAGCGCGACUGGGCGCUGCCGCCCGGGUGCACCGUGACGGAAGACGUCGACGACGUCCUCGACGACGCGGACAUCGACCUCGUCGUCGAGGUCGCGGGCGGCACGACCUUCGCCAAGGACGUCGUCUUCGGCGCGCUCAAGAAGCGCAAGGACGUCGUGACGGCGAACAAGGCCCUCAUCGCCGCGUGCCUGCCCGAGAUCGAGGCGCUCCUCGAGGACGUCAACGCCGAGGGCGACAAGGUGAGCUUCGGCUUCGAGGCCGCGGUCUGCGGCGGCAUCCCCAUCAUCCACACGCUCCAGACGGACUUCGUGGGCGACUCCGUGACGCGCCUCCGCGGCAUCAUGAACGGCUGCACGAACUGGAUGCUCACGAAGAUGGAGGCCGAGGGCGUGUCUUACACGGACUGCCUCACGGAGGCGUCGGCGUUGGGCUACGCGGAGGCGGACCCGACGCUGGACGUCGGCGGCUUCGACGCCCGGUCCAAGCUCGCCAUCAUGAUCCGCCUCGCCUUUGGGGUCGACGUCAGCGAGGACGACAUCUCGUGCAAGGGCAUCACGAACAUCAAGCAGGUCGACUUCGCGUACGCCAAGGAGCUGCUCGGCGGCACCAUCAAGCUGCUGGGCGUCGCCGAGAUGGCCGCCGAGGGCCACGAGCUCACGGCCUACGUGACGCCCGCCUUCGUGCCCGACGGCAACACGCUGGCCGUCAUCGACGACGCGAUCAACGCGGUCGAGAUCACGUCCGAGAACCUCCAGUCGUCUUUGCUGGUGGGCCGCGGCGCGGGCCGCUUCCCGACGGCCAACUCCUGCGUGAGCGACAUCGUCGGCUGCGCGCGCAAGGGCCUGCCCGAGGCCUUCGCCAAGAAGACGACCGACGUCACGUUCAUGAACGACUUCUCGUCGCAAUUCUACCUCCGCAUCCAGUACCGCAACGAGGUCGGCAUCGUCGGCAACCUGGGCGACAUCUGCGCCAAGCACGACGUCUCCAUCUACUCGCUCCUCCAGAAGCCCGAGUCCGACUACUUCGUGCUGAUCACGGAGUACGGCCCGCGCUCGAACAUCAAGAAGGUCGCGGCGGAGGUCGAGGGCGCGUCCUGGUGCGUCGGCGACACCUUUUUGAUGCCCGUCGCCACGAAGGAGUAG